AUGCCAGACGAGGAGUGGCGCGAUGAAAUUCAAGAAUACGCGCUCCUUCUUGACGCCGUUGCCAGCGGUGACAGAUCUCGAGUCGUGAAACAUCUGACGGAAUACAUUCUCAACAAGAAGGAGGGAAAUCAAGGCCCGCAGCCAAAGCACCAAAAGCAGAAAGAAGAGCAGGAACAAGAACAAGAACAAGAACAAGAGCAACAUCCCGAACAGGAUGAAAAUGGCUACGAUUAUUAUGAAGAGGAAGCGUACGACGACCCAUAUGGCGAACACACCUUGGAUCAAGAAAGGAACUACACUGGGGAGGAGAAAGACCUCGAGUAUGAGGACGAACAAUACCAAUACGAGAAUGGCUACGAUGAAUAUGACCCUGCUGAGUAUGAUGCCUCAGGAGAGCCUGAGAGCUAUUACGAGGGCCCGUACAUGUCUGGGGCAUAUAACGAACCUGAACAUGGUGCUGGCGGCCAUGGUGAAGAACCCUACGAAGACUACACUGGAGUCGAUCCAUCUGGUUAUAGCAACGAGGCGUAUGCAACCAGGGCUGGCGAUCCUGCCCAAAUGACCUAUGCGGCCGGAGCUUACGAUGGCACCAACGGCAACAGCUACGUGGGAGAUGUAUAUCCUGAAGACCAACAAUACGGCAACGAAUACUACGAUCCAGAAGCGGAUGGGACGUACAACGACUGGGAGCAGGAGGGAGACCCCUAUCAGUAUCAGCAAGGCGCAGGCGGAGCAGGAGGUGAGUGGCACGAGGAGUGGGAUUACGGACUGUACUCAGAUGACCAAAUUCAGGAGGUCGUCGAUGAAGCCAUCCUUGACGAAUUGGACGAAGAAUACUACGAAGAGGAAGAGCUUCAUCCUCAAGACGAUCACACAUAUUCGGAAGAGCAAGUACCUCGGGACGAUGAUGACAUCCUUCCGGAGUAUCAACCAGAAGAAACGCAGGUACAACAGCCUCAUCCAGAUGAAAGCCUUCCUUUCCACGACACCUCGGAAGAAUCUCUCCCUCCCUACGACAUAACAGAGGAUCUCCCAUUUUACGAAGAAGAUCCUCUCCCUUCCCACGAAACAACAGAAGAUACUCCUCUCCCCAUCCAAGACGUAAUAGAGGACACUCCCCCGGAAUAUAAUGAGGUCCCACGCUCUGUGAGCAGUCCACCCCAGCAGAGACAGUACGUGCCAUACCGGCCAGGCCUCGCGAGAAUAGAGGAGCAAACAGAGACCGACAGGGACGGCCGAGGAGCUGAGACUCCCACCAACAGGCGCGCCGAUAGAUUCGGCUUUGGAACUAGGGCUGAUACAGUUGAGUUUGAUGAGGAUGAAUGGGAAGAUGAGGCGUGUGGAGAGGACGACACCAUCCGGUCGCCGUUCUCACCCAACCGCACUGACCUUCAUUUUAACCCCCUCAGUCAGCAAUACGAGAGGGAGGUGUCUGGACACAGGCCAAACCCUUUCCUCUACCUGUCACCUAUUGAGUCAGACACGGUCUGGGGCCGACGUUGGCGUUAA